CUUCCCUUUUUUUUUCCCAUUGCUUCUUCGUCUUGGUUUAGACAGAAACGGUACGUGUUCUAGGGGAAAAGGAUGAGGGAAAGAGCAGUCAAAGCUUCCGCCUGCGUUUCCUUCGUCCUUCUCUGUUUGCUUGUGGGUUGCCAUGGCGUCGACAGAAGCCAGUUCCCUCCAUCAUUCUUGUUCGGAACCACCACCUCUUCUUUUCAGAUUGAAGGAGCCUACUUGACCGGAAAUAAAAGUUUGAGCAAUUGGGAUGUAUACACACACAUCCCAGGGAAGGUAGAAGAUGGAAGCAAUGCCGAUGUAGCCGAUGAUCAUUAUCACCUAUUCAUGGAAGAUGUGGAGUCGAUGGAGGACCUUGGAGUGAAUUCAUACAGAUUUUCCAUAUCUUGGUCUAGAGUCCUCCCCCAAGGAAGAUAUGGUGAGACAAACCCCGAUGGUAUUAAUUUCUAUAACAACCUCAUUGAUGCCCUUUUGCAGAAAGGUAUCGAGCCAUUUGUUACCCUGAAUCACUAUGAACAUCCUCAAGUUCUCGAAGAUCGCUACGGCUCUUGGCUGAGUUCCGAAAUACAGCUAGAUUUCGCACACUUUGCAGAGGUCUGCUUUGAAGCGUUUGGUGACAGAGUAAAGUAUUGGACGACGAUUAAUGAGCCGAAUAUGUUCACAUACUAUGCUUAUUUCGAGGGUACAUACCCUCCGGGCCAUUGUUCUUAUCCGGUAGGCAAUUGCUCUACCGGAGACUCGUUCAUGGAACCCUACAUUGCCACUCAUAACGUAGUGUUGUCUCAUGCGGCUGCAGUCGAAAUAUACAGAAAUAAGUAUCAGGCAAAACAAGGAGGUAUGAUAGGGAUUGUAAUAUCUGCGCCGUAUUACGUGCCCCUCACCAACACUCCAGCUGACAAACUGGCGGCCGAACGGGCUUUAGCUUUCCAGAUUGCAUGGUUCCUCGACCCCAUCAUGUAUGGUGAUUACCCUCCUGAGAUGCAUCAGAUUAUUGGCGCAAGACUGCCUGUAUUUUCAGCAGAAGAAAGGAAGAAGCUGUCGAAUAAAUUGGAUUUUAUUGGAAUAAACCAAUACACAGCUGCUUAUGCUAAGGAUUGUAUGUUCUCUCCUUGCACUUCUGCUUAUUCUCUUGGGGAAUCGAUGGUUUAUGUCACCGGAGAAAAAGACGGGACUCUUAUCGGAGACACGACUGCAGUGUCCUAUUUUUACGUUGUUCCAAGUGCGUUGGAGAUGGCUGUGAUGUACGUCAAGGAAAGAUACAACAACACCCCUAUGUUCAUCACGGAAAAUGGAUAUGCUCAAUCGAAUGCUCCCAUUGCCGAUUCACUUAACGACACGAAAAGGGUCGAGUACUUUAAGAGCUACCUGUCGGCUCUAGUCAAUGCAAUGAGAAAAGGAGCCGACGUGCGAGGAUACUUCAUAUGGUCCCUACUGGACAACUUCGAAUGGCUGGAUGGCUACACGAUCCGUUUCGGGCUCUACCACGUCGACUUCGACACGCUGAAGAGGACGCCGAGGCAAUCGGCCAAGUGGUACAAGAAUUUCCUCGCGGAUUCGAAUUCGACAACAGAGUCAAAGCGACACAAGUAUCGGCACAACAUGUUCAUGCCGCUCUGAAGAGAAAGCCUUCUUUAUCAGUUCUUUGUACACCUGAUUCACUUCACUAACAAGCCGAAAUAUCCAACACAUACAAAAAAUAAAACAAAAUUCAAGGGUCUAAGUUCAUCCAUCUUAGCUAGGAGGGGAUGCAAUGAUUCUAUUAUUAUAAUUAUUAUAGCCAUUAUUUGUUUAAUUUUGUGUAGAUGGGCAAUCAGAAUUUGCUAAUAGCUCUAUUUAUAUUCUGAUUCUUUGUAUUAUGCUUAAAUUCAUGGGUUGAAAUCAAAUAUCCCAGGAGCUCUCUUCUCUCAAUCUAAUUCUAGAUUUGAGAGUUUGAACUAUCAUGAUCUAAUUUUAAAUUUGCGGGUCAUUCUCUCCUAA